GUGCCACCUUCGUCGGAAGUUCGCUUACUGGCCUCCAGAGCGCGCCACCGUGCUCGCUAUUACUGCAUUAUUGUUUUUUAUCAACUCGCUAGAAAUUACGCUAUUCCCAAAAAAACCGCAAACUCGCGAGUGUUUAUGUUGCGUUCCGAAGUGCAUAUCAUAGAUUAGUAGUAUUAGUAACCCCGCAAACGGCCUGCUGUCCAAAAAACACGCGUGAUUCCCCCGCCACCCACGCACAUAGACCCCGAUAUUUCACUUUUCUUGUUUUCGACCCCUGACUGCGUUUGUGGAUUUUCCCCCCAAGAAAAAAAAGCGAAGAGAAAACGCAAUUGAGCAGCCGAUCGAUUGGAACGGCAGCAAACUGAAUUCCCCGGGUUACGGAUAAUGGAGGUAUCCGCCGAUCCGUACGAGCAGAAGCUCUACCAAAUGUUCCGCAGCUGCGAGACGCAGUGUGGACUUCUGGACGAGAAGUCCCUGCUGAAGCUCUGCUCACUGCUGGAGCUCCGUGAUCAGGGAUCCGCACUGAUCGCCAGCCUGGGCGGCAGUCACCAGCUGGGCGUGUCCUUUGGCCAGUUCAAGGAGGCGCUACUCAACUUCCUGGGCUCCGAGUUCGAUGGCACGACGUCAUCGGGUUUCAUUGAGCGUUCACUGGUGAUUACGGAUGAGCCGCUAACCAGCACAUACAUCGAGAGUCCGCCGGAGUCUUCCGAUCGCGAGGUUUCACCCAAACUCGUCGUGGGCACCAAGAAAUACGGUCGCCGGUCCAGGCCACAGCAUGGAAUCUACGAGUUAUCCGUCACGGACUCGGACAAUACGGACGAGGACCAGUUGCAGCAGCAGCACAAUCAGCGAAGCCUCAACGGAUGCGAUGAGCUGGGAGUUCAGGUGCAACGUUCCUCCUCCCAGAGCGAUCUUCCUGGCAGCCGGCGUCUGCGGUCCGUCCACACCAGCGGGAGCAAACUGAAGCGAUGUGCUUCACUGCCAGCACGCCGGAAGGUGAACAGCAAUACCACGGGAGCCACUACAUCACCGACAGCAGCGGCCAAGUUGAAACAGCUUUCCAUCCAGAGCCAGGCGCAGCACAGCAGCAGCGUGGAAUCACUGGGCCAUCGCCUGGCCGCCAAUCCCGCACCGUCGUCCGAGCACUGGAGAUGCUACAACGGCGGCCGUUGGUCAUGCUGCAAAGACACCGUGACGCCGCAGCAACUGGAGACGAUCUCAGUGCAUAGGAUUAUCGAAGCCUGGGAGCUGGCUAGCAUACCCAACACUCGCAACCUACUUCACGUCCUGGGAUUCGAUGAGGAGGAAGAGGUGAACCUGCAGCAGCUAACUAAGGCAUUGGAAGAGGAGCUGCGUGGCCUCGAUGGGGAUCACGAGCAAUCGAAUAUGCUGCGCGCUCUGGCUGCUCUGCAGGCCACCGAGUUGGGCAACUACCGACUUGCCUACAGGCAGCAGCACGAGGAGAACCUCAAGCUGAGGGCCGAUAAUAAGGCGGCCAACCAAAGGGUGGCUUUGCUGGCCGUGGAAGUGGAUGAGCGGCAUGCGUCGCUGGAGGAUAACUCCAAGAAGCAGGUGCAGCAGCUGGAGCAACGACAUGCCAGCAUGGUGCGUGAAAUAACGCUGCGGAUGACUAAUGACCGCGAUCACUGGACCAGCAUGACGGGCAAGCUGGAGGCGCAGCUUAAAUCGCUUGAGCAGGAGGAGAUCCGUCUGAGAACGGAACUCGAACUCGUGCGCACUGAGAACUCGGAACUUGAGUCGGAGCAGCAAAAGGCUCACAUCCAAAUCACAGAGCUUCUCGAACAGAACAUUAAGCUCAACCAGGAACUGGCCCAAAGGUCGAGCAGCAUUGGCGGCACUCCGGAGCACAGUCCAUUGCGACCGAGAAGGCAUAGCGAGGACAAGGAGGAGGAGAUGCUCCAGCUAAUGGAGAAGCUGGCUGCUCUUCAAAUGGAGAACGCCCAGUUGCGUGACAAGACUGACGAACUGACCAUCGAAAUCGAGAGCUUAAAUGUUGAACUAAUUCGAUCGAAAACCAAGGCUAAAAAGCAGGAAAAACAGGAGAAACAAGAGGAGCAGGAGUCGGCGGCCACGGCCACCAAAAGGCGUGGGGAUUCGCCGAGCAAAACACAUCUCACAGAGGAGAGUCCUCGUCUCGGUAAGCAGCGCAAGUGCACCGAAGGAGAGCAGAGCGAUGCCAGCAAUAGUGGAGAUUGGUUGGCUCUAAACUCCGAGCUGCAAAGAAGUCAAAGCCAGGAUGAGGAGCUAACAAGCCUUCGACAGCGGGUGGCCGAGUUGGAGAAGGAACUCAAGGCUGCGAAGGAGGGCAGAUCUCUCACGCCGGAAAGCCGUUCCAAGGAACUGGAGACCAGUCUCGAGCAAAUGCAGCGUGCCUAUGAGGAUUGCGAGGACUACUGGCAAACGAAACUCAGCGAGGAGCGGCAGCUGUUUGAGAAGGAGCGACAGAUCUACGAGGAUGAGCAGCACGAGAGCGACAAGAAGUUCACCGAGCUGAUGGAGAAGGUGCGCGAGUACGAGGAGCAGUUCAGCAAGGAUGGCCGCCUCUCGCCCAUUGAUGAGCGCGAUAUGCUGGAGCAGCAGUACUCCGAAUUGGAAGCAGAGGCAGCCCAGCUGCGCUCGAGUUCCAUUCAAAUGCUCGAGGAGAAGGCUCAGGAAAUCAGCUCGCUGCAAUCGGAGAUCGAGGAUUUGCGACAGAGAUUGGGUGAGAGCGUCGAGAUCCUCACGGGCGCCUCUGAACUCACCUCGGAGUCGGUAGCCCAACUGAGUGCCGAGGCGGGAAAAAGUCCAGCCAGCUCACCCAUCAGCUACCUCUGGCUGCAGAGCACCAUUCAAGAGCCGGCGAAAUCCCUCGCUGACUCCAAGGAUGAAGCCACCGCCAGUGCCAUCGAACUGCUCGGAGGCUCACCAUCGCACAAGACAGCCAGCCGCAAUAACCUCACCACUUCGGAAACAUCCAUCUUUAGCACUACACCCUUCGAAAGCUCUCAGUCGGGUCCUUCGCCUACGAACAGUGGCACCAGCAACGCCUACGGCGCCAAUGCCGGCCCAGCUCCGAUCAGCAAGCCCAAGCGGUCCCAGAGUCCCCAACUGGCUGCAUCGGAGGGAGAGAUAGCCGAUUGCGAGACGUCGUCGACGGCGUCCGGCAAGAGCUUCGAAUCCAACAGUAAAACGUCUUGCCUUAGCCACGAGAAGUGCAGCAGUCCGUCGGCACUGAAGGAGGAACUGAAGCGCCUUAAGUUCUUCGAGCUGUCCCUCAAGGAGCAGAUCAAGGAUCUGAGUCUGCAGCGAGACGGUCUGGUCAUGGAACUGCAGCAGUUGCAGGAGGCGCGACCCGUGCUCGAGAAGGCCUAUGCGCGAACCACGCAUCCAACGCUUCAGCAGCGACUGAACCAAUUGGAGCUGCGAAAUCGCCAUCUGCAGAAUGUCAUCAAGCAGCAGCAGCAGUACACGGAGUCCCUGAUGCAGCAAUCCUGGCGGCAGCAUCAAGUGGAGCUCAAUGAUCUGCAUAGCCGAAUCGAGACCCAGGGUGUUUUGCUAGCCGAUCAGACACAGCGACUGCAGAGUGCCGACAUCCUGGUGAAGGAUCUCUACGUGGAGAACUCCCAUCUGACGGCCACGGUGCAGCGGUUGGAGCAGCAGCGAGCUAGGGUGAACCUUAUUCACCAGCAGCAGCAACAGCAGCGCCUUGUGGGCGGCGGACUGCCCGGCAUGCCUUAGUUUGCCCCACCGGCAAACGUAUAUAGUUUAUAGAUAAUUAUGCAAAAGACAAACCAUAGGAGGGAGGGGUGCUCAGCAUCGGCAGACAUCGAACGUGCACCUAUCCAUAGAUCGUUAUGAAUGUUUAGACAUAUACAACACUCGGUAGAUUAAGUUUGCAUAUUCGUAUUCGUACGUUGCGUUUUUGUGAAUGAAUGUGAAUCCAUGUUGUUCGACACGAGAGCACAGCAGCAAUAACUUCAGUGACUUUAAACUAAACUUAAACUCACCCACGCGCAAAUGAGGAACAAUCCACACUAGUGUACCAAUUUGUAACACAUCUAGUAAUCGAAUCGACUAAACUAUUUACACGAGCUACAGGCAUAUAUAUUCGAUUGGACAUAUACGAUGAAGUAUCCACGUAGUAUAUGUUCGUGCAAUGUUGACCUUAAUAAUUGACUACUGAAACAGUUAUCGUAUAUUAAUUAUAUUAGAAGAAACAGUAUUUUAAAUUUGUUAUGCGUCUGAGUAGGCGAGCACGUUUAUCAAUGUUUAUCACGUGCCCAAUCAAAUGCAUCGGAAUUGUUGUUAAUUUUAUUGAUAGAGAAAAUGGAAAUGAGCGUAAAAAAUGAUCUAUGAUAUUGAUAUUGAUGUAAUAUUUAACGACAAAAGACCUGUAAAGCUGUAACCAUACACACGAAUCUAUGUAUUUAAAUUGCGAUUUAAGUUAGCCAAUACUCUUCAAUAUUGCUUUUGCGAACGCGACUUUUUGUUAUAUCUAUAUUCGUCCCAAUAACUCACUCGAUUUAUAUGUAAAGAGAAAAACCUCAACCUCAAUCACACGAUUUCGUGUAAUCAGUGCUUAAAUCAAUACUUUCGAUCAAAAUAGAAGUUUACUUUUUAAAAGUAUAAAAAAAAAUACAACAAAAAAACCAAAUAUACAAUUAUUUAUAAAACCAAA